AUAGCUUACACAGAAACAUGAACUCAAAUUAGUUGGUUGUACAGUUACACACAUUACAUAUAUGCAUUGUUUCAAUACGUAUGCCAGAGCACAUAUGCAGAAGUUAUAGUAAUAAUCUCAAACUGCAAUCAAGUUACUAACAACACCAGAGAAUAUUGUGUCAAAUGUUACAAUGCUGAAUUUCCCGGGAAAUUUCCAGUCCGCCAAAAUACAUAUUAUUGAAACUCCCGCCACCAUGUACUUGUGUGACGUAGACACUGACGCUCCUGACAAACGAAGAUGAACCAAUGAGAGCCUGGGAAAUAACAAAAUGACACAAGAAGGACAAAUCAGACCUUAGCCGCGGGAAGUCCAGCUGACUGGGGGAGGAGUUGUGGAGAUAUUUGGCGCAAGUUUUGUUUCUUAGACUAGAGCGCACCAGAGACACCACACGAAAUCCAUCAAGAACUAAAAUAAGGUAUCACUACUUUCAAUGCAUGUUUUAAACGUGUAUCAUUACGUUUGAUUUGACGAGAUAUUGUUGAAUGUUUUGUCAGAAUUUGUGGGGAGAUGUUGGCGAGCGAGUUGCCGUCAAUCAGUAUUGUUUAACUAGUUAGUCAGAUACAAAACAGUUUGUCGAAUACACCAAUACAUAUAUGUCCUGUUUUCUUUGAUGGUAUUUUACGCCAUUUCAGUGUUUUAUAAUAGUUGUGCUGUUGGCGCCACACAUGAGGACACGUAUUGUUGUCGCCAUUGAGUCUGCAGAUACAGUAGUUACUGACAAUUCACACCAUUGUGAUUGAUGGCCCUUAUAUUCUGUAAUGUUGAUUUUACAACGGUGCAAAGAUAAAGAGAGUCGUGCUUAGCAGUGAUGACAUUAACUUGUGUGGAAAAUACUGAAACUACUUUGAUCAGGGUAGACCUGAUAGCUAGGAUGGAUGGUAUCAUUUGCUAUUGUGUGGUUUCGUACCUCUAAAGAAAUUCACUAAUUUCAAGUCACUCUUGAUCAUAAGAUAAUUGUUUUUCUUGCUGUCUAUCUAUUCAUGGGUGUUGUCACAAUGGCUGACCUUAUCUCUUCCCCAUUAAGUCUUUUGAAACACGUCUGGACGCUAAGUGCUCACAGCGAAGAUGCCCAGCACACGUUCCCAGGCUCAGUCCAUCCUCCAGUUCCCCAGACGCAAGUCCUCCAGUGUUGACUCGAAAAGCACCAAGAGCACAUCCCAGACGAAGGAGACCCAGUCCCUCUGCUCCGUGGAGUCUCCUAAUCCGCAGCCCCUUCCAGAGAAGAUCCAGCUAAUGCCACUCUCACGCAGGUCCGUGGCCCUCAAAGGUAUAACUCUGUGCCCAAGGCUGACCCGAAGAAUACCCCUCAGCCCUCGCAAACGCACAGGAGAUGAAAAUGGCUGUAACCUCAGUGCCAACCUACUGGGCUCUCCUCCCAAACAGCCGUGCCUUAACCUGGCCUCCCCCUGCAAGCUGGGCUUUGAUGAGAACUCCCACGUUCUAUCCCAGAGGAGACUACUGACCCCCCUGUCACCAAAACGGCAGCGCCUCUCCCACCCCAGGGCCUCCCCCAGCAGACUCCAUGAGACCCCCAGUGGGAGCCAAUCAUGUCCCCGAUCAGAGAAGGCCACGGUGGUCCGCCUCUUUGCUGAAAAGUCUAAGUUCCAUAGUGUGAAGCAGGCCCUCCACACGGCUGUCCCAGAGCGCCUGCUAUCCCGGGAGGCUGAGAGGUCCUCCAUCCGCUCCUUCCUGGAGGACAAGGCCCUGAAGGCCAGCCCAGCCAGCCUCUACAUCUCUGGAGCCCCCGGCACCGGCAAGACCGCUUGCCUCAACUGUGUGUUGCAGGAGAUGACGGAUGAACUGAAGGAGAUUCAGACAGUGGUGAUCAACUGUAUGGCUCUGCGUAGCUCCCACGCCAUCUUCCCCCUGCUGGCAAAGAAACUGGGGGCCUCUGGGGGCCACACCGACACCAAGCUGCAGAAACUGCUGACCAGCACGGGGCCCACUGUUCUUCUAGUCCUGGAUGAAAUGGACCAGUUGGACAGCAAGGCCCAAGAUGUUCUCUACACCAUCUUUGAGUGGCCGUACCUGCCCAAGUCCCGCCUCUGUCUCAUCGGUAUCGCCAACGCUCUGGACCUGACGGACAGGAUCCUCCCCAGGCUCCAGGCCCUGCCUCUUUGUCGGCCCCAGCUGUUACACUUCCCUCCCUACAGCCGCCAAGAGCUCGCCGCAAUCGUACAGGACAGACUCAGACAGGUGUCCGGAGAAGGGUUACUAGACGCAUCGGCCGUGCAGUUUUGUGCCAGGAAGGUGUCUGCUGUAUCGGGAGAUGCACGCAAAGCUCUGGAUAUCUGCCGGAGAGCUGUAGAGCUUGUGGAAUCUGACGACAGAAAGAAGGCAGCAGAAACUACAGAGUCUCGUGUGAGCGUUCCCCAGGUGGCCAGGGUGCUGUCGGAGGUGUAUGGGGACCGCAUGUCCUCGUCAGAGGGAGAGAGCUUCCCCAUCCAGCAGAAACUCCUGGUCUGCUGUCUGCUACUGCUAACCCGCAACGGCAAGAACAAAGAGUUCCCACUGGGCAAGCUCCACGAGGUGUACAGCCGUCUGUGUGCCAAGAGACAGGUGGGCGGCGUGGGCCAGGGCGAGUGCCUCUCCCUCUGCAGUCUGCUGGAGAGCCGGGGCAUCUUUGCCCUGAAAAAAGCCAAGGAGGCUCGCCUCACCAAGGUUUCUCUGAAGAUUGAGGAGAGGGAUGUGGAGAAUGCUCUGAAGGAUCGCACCCUGCUGGGCAGUAUCCUGACCGCUGGCCUACCAUGACCUUUCACCCUCGGGAUGAUAUCAAUUUCUCAAUCUGACCAACCCCGAUUUAAUAUUUAUUUGUGCCUUAUUUUUUUUAUUCCUUUUUUUUCUGGUGGGGUGAUGCAUAUCCAGCUAUGACCUCCCUUUUCAGAACAAUGGGAAAUGCAGCAAUUUGUUAGAUUUUUAAUGACAGAUGAACAUGGACUGGAAACAUUUCAAAUGGUCAGCCAAACUGACCAGCUGCUUUUAACUUGAGUUUAAAUGCUCAUUUAUUUUUUUGGGUUGAAAACCUUAUGUACAUUUAUGUUGUAA